AUGACACCUUGGCCCGGUGCCGUCGCCGACGCUGGCACUGUCGCUGCCCUCGCCACCGGAGCAGUCAGCCUGAUCGCUGGGGGCGGGUUGUAUGCGAUACUGAGACGAUACUCGAGCUCCAAGCGACUGGAUCAUAUACGGACGACACUCGCGGAUAUGACUGUUUUUAUAAACGGGAUUAACGAAGACGAGCGUCGGCUAGUCGAAGAGCGCUUGGGUCGGCCAGGCUUUAUAGAGAAUACCAAGACCACUAUUCAAAACGUGGGCAUGUUCGUGCCUCAACUAUCUUUGAUGUUGCAGGAUGCUGGUAAAUAUGCCCAAUAUGGGCCUGCACGACCAGAAUCAUGGAACCCCUUGAAAUCCCAAAUCUGUGCUCACAUGGAGGAAAUCUCUGAACUUCGUCAGGAUCUGAUGAACACCACCCAGGCCGUCCGGAAAGAAGCUAGGGAGGCUGUUGCGGGACAUAGUACAGACAAUCACUUUCCUUCGAACUGGCGGAAAUCAGCCCCAGCGCCCCAAUGCAAUUCCCAGACGAAUUCCGUCUCCCCGACAUUGUCUUACCACGCACUCCCAGAAGGCGAAGUAUCAAAUGACGUAGUGAAUCCGGAGGUCCCUACCUCGCUGCCUGCUGCUGCCACCGUCGGUCUCGCGCGUUCACCUUGGCAGAAUCUCUCGAAGACGGCGAUUCUGCGCGUCCGUCGUAUUGGUGCAGAGCAUACCGUACCGCCUCUGAGCGCCCCCACGACGGCACGCGUCGACAUCCAGCUAGGCGAUGUGGUCCGCACUCCCGAGGACUGA